CUUCAAACUUGAAAGUCUUUAAUAAUCUGAGACUCUCUCUACAAAAGAUUCUCUUAUCUUAUCGCAAGUCUCUCAUUUUUGUUAUCCAAUCCUUAUAUUGUCGGUCUGGUCGGUUCUAAUCCCAACCCAACAAACAGUUUGCUCCAUCUCUUCUCAUCUCACUAAAAAUCUGACCACUUCCCACCUUAAAUUUUCCCGAUUUCUGGUUUUCCUCGAUUCGGAUCUUUUAACAAUUUGAACAUAUUAAUACUCUCACGUACCGGUCGUCUUACGUUUUCUUUGGAUUUUACUUUCCCAGGAAAUUUCAGUUUACCGGAAUCCUUAAAAUCUCGGGAGAAACUGAAAAGCAAAGCAAAAAAGUCUCUGUUUGUAGCUGUGAUCGGCGAUUAAGAGGUAUUGAUCGUUGCUGAUCUUAGGCCCUCAGUAGGUAUUGAAAUAUGGUGUCUCUGCAAGGACCAGUGAUUUGUCCCUCUGUUCGUGUAAAACAAGUGGGAUUUUACACUCUGCCAACUAUUGGUCCUUUCAUGAAGGCUAGGCUUCUUAGAAGUGAAUUCUUGGGAUUGAAAGGGAUCAAAUGUAGCAAGACUAAAGUUGGGAUUUUGCCUCACCAAUUACACUUGCAAAAAUGCAAGACAGUGCAUUGUAGUUACAGCUCACCGUCCGAUGGGAAUGGAAGCAUGGCAGAGAACUUCAACAUAAAUGAUGAAGAUUAUGUUAACUCUAGUGUGAUUGAAGCUGUUGAGGUGAAGAGUGGAAUAGAUGGUUUCAUGAUCAAAAUGAGGGAUGGUAGGAAUCUAAGAUGUGUCCACAACAACCCUCAGGGUGGGCAUCUGCCAGAUUACGCUCCACAUCCUGCAAUUGUAUUGAAAAUGGAAGAUGGGACUGGUCUUCUUCUUCCCAUAAUUGUUUUGGAAAUGCCAAGUGUUUUGCUCAUGGCAGCAGUGCGCAAUGUUCCAAUUGCUAGACCCACUCUCUAUCAAGUGGUUAAGGAGAUGAUUGAUAAGAUGGGCUAUGAAGUCAGAAUUGUUAGAGUUACUAAGAGAGUGCAUGAAGCAUAUUUUGCACAGUUAUACCUCACCAAGGUGGGUAAUGAGACAGAGUGUGUCAGUUUUGACCUUCGACCUUCAGAUGCCAUCAACAUUGCAGUAAGAUGCAAGGUGCCAAUUCAAGUGAACAAGUACUUGGCAUAUAGUGACGGAAUGAGAGUCAUUGAAUCUGGGAAGCUGUUUACACAAAACCCUGCUUCAGAUGGCUUAUUAUUUACUGAAAUGGAUCGGCCAACUGGUCAACCAUGCAUUGAAACAAAGGAGUUUGAUCUUGUGCGCAACAUGCUGAUUGCUGCUGUUGAAGAACGCUAUAGGGAUGCUGCUCAGUGGAGGGACAAACUCAGUCAACUCCGGGCUAAAAGGAACUUAAAUAACAGCUCUUGGACAAUUUAAACUGUACAUAAAAACAUUGUUCAAAGUGGAUGAGAUUGGCGACAUAUCAUUGAUAACUCUCCUCCCUUCUACCUAUAUAUAUGUGUAGCAAGCUUGUGAAUAUAUGUAAAUACAAACUCUAAUGCAAAUGUACUUUUUGAGCAUGUGCUCUUGGUUUCUUCAUAAUAUUCUGUUGCCAGUUCCCAUGCUUAUGGGCUGUUCUGUGUCACCAGUGUAUUGUCGGGCUGUGCUUCACUGUUAGGCAAGCAGCUCUAUGGGAUGUUUGGUUGCAGUGCAUUGUCUAUUUAUUUGAUGAUGAUGAUGUUUCACUUGUACCUUCUAUCUUCUAUUAUAUUUGCUGAGGUCUUGUAUAUGGAUUUAGUGAACUUUAGUGACUAGCGCACCAUCCUCAGGAAUUUGGGGUUUAA